CAUGAGCGACGAGGAAGUGAGCGAGGCGGUGGUGAUGGCGGAGGCGCCGCCGGUCAAGAAGAAGAGCGUCAAGAUCGCCGCCGCUGCCAUCGCCAGCGACGAGGCAGCGGAUCCCAGCGGCGCCGUCAAUGUGGGCGGCGAUCGCAAGGCCAAGAAGGUCAUCGUGGCCAUCGACGAGAGCCAAGAAAGCAUCCGAGCUCUCCGCUAUGCUCUCGACACUGUCGUCCAGCCCGGGGAUGGGCUUGUGCUGCUACACUCGCAGUUCAUGCCCCAUAGCUACGUUGGUCCCGGCGGCCCAGGCUUCUACAUCACUCCCGACUUGGUGGCCGCCACAAGGAAGCACCAGGAGAACUCAAGCAAGGUCUUGCUCGACAAAGCCAAGAGGAUUUGCGGCGAUGCCAAUGUCCACCACCCAGAGCUUCUGAUGGCUACUGGAGAUCCUCGCGACAGUAUCUGCGACGCCGUGGAAAAGAUCCAUGCCGACUUGCUGGUGAUGGGAAGCCGCGGUCACGGAGCCAUCAAACGGACUUUUCUUGGCAGUGUGAGCGACUAUUGUACUCACAACGCGAAAUGCCCGGUUUUGAUCGUCCGAAAGUGAGCCAAAGUGGAUGGCUUUGUUUUUCUUUCUUUCGUGUAUAUAUACGGUAUGGAUCUGCAAGUUCUCUCGUUUCCUUA